CGUCUCGACCGCGGAGAUUCGCCUGGUCCGGUCCGUGGCGAAGGUCUGGACCCGCGGCGGGAGCCAUGGCGAAGAUCCCCGCAGUGGGCCUGGGCACCUGGAAGGCAUCUCCAGGAGAAGCUGCUGAGGCAGUGAAGGUGGCCAUUGAUGCGGGGUACCGGCACUUUGACUGUGCUUACUUAUACCACAAUGAGAAUGAGAUAGGAGCAGGAAUUCGACAAAAGAUCAAGGAGGGUGUUGUGAGACGAGAGGACCUGUUUGUUGUCAGUAAGCUAUGGUGCACCUAUCAUGAGCCGUCCUUGGUGAAAGUGGCAUGCAAAAAGAGUCUGAAGGCCUUGAAGCUGGAUUACUUGGAUCUGUACCUGAUGCACUGGCCAAUGGGCUUCCAGCCUGGAGAAGAAGAUGUCCCUUUGGAUCUCAGCGGUAUAGUUAUACCUAGUGAUACAAGCUUCCUGAAAACAUGGGAGGCCAUGGAGGACUUGGUGAUUAAAGGGCUCGUGAAGGACAUUGGUGUGUCAAACUUCAACCAUGAACAGCUUGAGAGUCUUUUGAAUAAGUCUGAUUUGAAGUUCAAGCCAAUAACUAAUCAGAUUGAGUGCCAUCCAUAUCUUACUCAGAAGAAUUUGAUUAGCUUUUGCAAAGCCAGAGAUGUGUCUGUGACUGCUUACCGUCCUCUUGGUGGCUCGAGGGAGGGAACGGACUUACUGAAUAAUCCCACGAUUCGGAGAAUUGCAAAUCACUAUAACAAGUCAUGUGCUCAGAUUCUGAUCCGGUUUCAGAUCCAGAGGGAUUUGAUAGUGAUUCCCAAGUCUACCAACCCAAAGCGGAUUCAAGAAAACAUCCAGGUGUUCGAUUUUGAAUUAACAGAGAAUCAUAUGGAUGAAAUCAUGAGUCUUAACAGGAACCUUCGAUUGGCCACAUUCCCCACAACUGAAAGCCACAAAGACUAUCCUUUCCACAUAGAUUUCUGAGAGAGCGUCUCUUCUGGCUGCUGCUGUGUUCACACAAAUCGGAAGGUUGGCACCAUUGAGCCACCUCUGCAAGGCUCUGUGGUUGCCAUAGACCAGCGUUAGCCAGGGAUAGGACAAUAGAGUGAGUGUCAGGGGAUGCUUUCCUGGAGCAGAGCCUGCUUCUCCGAGAAAUUCAAAGAACUAAGUGUCAUCUAAGAAAUGGAAAGAGUGUAGUUCUCUGAGGGCUUGGGAACUGUCCAGGAAAUCCCCACAGUUCUGAAGGAUCAUGUCAUGCAAGUUAAUCCAUGUGGCUUCUAUGCUCUAAAAAAAGAUAUCCUGCUUCCUAGAUGGAGAGGUAGCAGUGCACCCUCUACAUGA